UCCUCCCCACUUGCCUUCCACUUUUAUCGUAAUCUUUUUUCUCUACGUACAUAUCAAUUUUCUCCACAACUUGCAUUUAUUUAAUAUGUUCAAAAUUGUUAUAUCCUUCAGUUGGAUCAACCGCUACCAUAUAAUAAUAUAUUCUUGGAGUGUAAAGAAUUUUUAUAUGAUUUAUGUCUAGUUAAGAAUAUAAAAUUUUAUAAGGUCUAGGACGUGAGCCCAUAUGGAAGAGGAGCAAUAGUAGCAUUUUGAACUUUCCGGCAAUCGAAUAGGUCUGAGCGCAGCGGAUAGCUACCGCUGCCGGCCACCGACACGCGGCGAACAGCCUUUAGGCCCAAGCCUCUUAUUGGACACAGGCAGUAGUGAUUAGUGAAUAUUAAAACAAGGCAAUAAAUAAAAUAAUAAACAAAUGGUGUGUGCGGUGAGGAACCGGGGAAUAAACUAACUCCUAUGCGCAUUGCACACCACCUCACGACAAACGCACCGGCUCCGGCGACUUCGAUGAGUGGCGGCGAGAGACAAGUUCACGCGCUCCGCUCUCUCGCGGAUCGGUGCCGGAGUUUGGAGGAGAAGCAGGCCAAGCUCAGGGAGGAGUUCGAUGAGCUGGUGCAGGUGAGCAACAACCUCACAGUCGGGGACGAUAGCCAGGCCGUUGCAGAUUCAACCGUUGGUUUUCUCUCCGGUUUCUGCUUCUCCGGAAGUCCGUAUGCAACCGUGUUGAAAUGCAUGGGACACGCCGUUCACGUCCUCAGAGUUCCCUCCGCCGAGAUCAUAUACUGGAAUCAAUCAGCGGAAACUUUGUAUGGGUGGAAGGACUAUGAAAUAAUUGGCCAAAGAGUAGCUAAAGUUUUAAUUGCUGAAGAAAAUUAUGCAUCUCUACAAAAAAUUCUGGAAAGGUUGGUCACGGGAGUUCCAUGGUCUGGGCAGUUUCCUUUCAAGAAGAGAUCUGGUGAAGUCUUUAUGGCAAUGGUAACAAAAACUCCUCUUUAUGAGGAUGGUGAGCUUGUUGGUGUUAUAACUGUUUCAAGUGAUUCAGCUAUUUUAAACUCUAGAAAUUCAGAAAAUCAAAGGACUUACCAAUCUGGUAACAAUGGCCUACCUGGAGUACAGAGGUUAAACUUCAAAAGGAUUCAGUGGCCUCCACGACCAACGAUUGCACCAAUGCCACAGAUUGCUUCAUGUGUUUCCAAUCUGCAGGCAUCAAAGUUUCUCCCAGCGCAUACUGAUAACACAGUUUCCAGGAAUACUUCAACAGAUGUAGAAGAUGAAAAACUAGAGAAGCGUAACAUACAUGAAACAAAACCUCAUUCCAGACAUCACCAUAAAGAAAACACAACUUUCACAGAGGCCUCAGAGAAGGAUGAGUCUACUACUGAAUUUGGUCAACCUUCUAAAAUUGCAGCCAGAGUCCUUGCCAAGCUUCAAAUUGGGGCACGUGCAAAAUGUGAGAAGGAUAAUGGAAGUAUCAAGAAUAAUUGUACAGCUGAUAAUUCAGGAAGCAAUAGAGUGAAUAAUGAAAAUGAUUCAUCUGGAGGUUUAGUGUCAUUCACACCAUAUCAGGAUGUUGCUAAUGGAGCAGAUAAAGAAGAAAAUCUUCAUAAAUGUAAUUCUUUAUUUGCAAUGAAGAGAGCAGAUACAAAAGUUUGCUCAUACAGAGCAUCCAAUGUUUUCAAAGAUAGUUCUGGUAAAACUUUGUCAGGGGAGUGGUGUGAAUGUUUUGGUUCUCCCAUUCCCCAAGAUCCAUUGUUAAGAUUACGCUGUCAAUUUGAUCAGAAGAAAUUGGAGCCAGAGGCUACAAAUAUGGUGGCAGGAGAUGAAGUGCAAAAGCAGCAAGAAGGGUCGCAAUUGCCAAGUUCGAGGGAGAGUAACGGCAGCCAUGAAAGUUCAUCAAGCAAAGGGGAUAACGAGUCAAACUCUGUUUUGGAGUGUGAAAUCCAUUGGGAAGACCUUCAAUUAAGGGAGGAGAUUGGACAAGGUUCUUAUGCUGCUGUUUAUCAUGGAAUUUGGAAUGGAUCGGAUGUAGCAGUCAAAGUUUAUUUUGGGAACGGAUACACAGAAAAUACUUUACAAGACUACAGAAAAGAGAUUGAUAUAAUGAAGAGAUUGAGACACCCUAAUGUAUUGCUUUUCAUGGGAGCAGUAUAUUCACAGGAAAGGCUUGCCAUUGUGACAGAGUUAUUACCUAGGGGAAGCCUUUUUAAAAACCUGCACAGUAACAAUCAGACAUUAGACAUCAGAAGGCGUCUAAGGAUGGCUCUUGAUGUUGCUAGAGGAAUGAAUUAUCUUCAUCACAGAAAUCCACCAAUAGUGCAUAGAGACCUGAAGUCUUCCAACCUUCUUGUAGAUAAAAACUGGACUGUAAAGGUCGGAGACUUUGGCCUGUCUAGGUUAAAGGAUGCAACUUUAUUGACUACAAAAUCUGGGAGAGGCACCCCUCAGUGGAUGUCCCCUGAAGUCCUCAGAAAUGAACCUUCAAAUGAGAAGUCUGAUGUGUUCAGUUUUGGUGUCAUCCUCUGGGAACUAAUGACUCAGUCUAUCCCAUGGAAAAACUUGAAUUCCUUGCAGGUUGUUGGAGUCGUAGGCUUUAUGGAUAGACGACUAGACAUCCCGGAGGGGCUUGAUCCCCAUAUUGCAUCGAUCAUAAAUGACUGCUGGCGAAGUGAUCCAGAGCAACGCCCAUCUUUUGAAGAGCUGAUACAGAGAAUGAUGUUCCUUGUCAACAGAGUAACAGCAGUGUCAAUUAAAAGAAUUUCAGAAUCUUAAACUAGCUAUAUGGUUUGGGUUUUGCUUUCUCAAAAUAUACUAGUUAAAAACAGAUUAUGAGAAGUACAAGCCAACAAAUUGAGUGGCAAACAGCAAAACAUUCCUUCCUUCGGAAGUUGGAACGACACAAGGGAGAGAAAUGAAAGAGGUAAAAGUAGGGAUAAAAGGCUGGUAAAUUAUUGGGUUUGGAGUCAUGGACACAAGCGAGAAAUGAAAGACGUGCUCCUUUUGUGAGGAAUGGCUGCUGAAUAGCUGGCAGAACAGAUUUCAUAUCCGGGGCGAGCAUUCAACUAGAAUCCAUCUUCGUUGUUGGAUUUGGAUCCAAAUUCAAAUUCUUCGGAUAAAUGUUAUAUACACCUCCUCUUCCGCUUUUAACAUAGACACGGAUACACCUCU